GUCUGUGCAAUUUGUUGGUGUGUCUCAACUAAUUACACUUAGUAAACAAAAAAACUAUGAGAAUUGUACUGUUGAUUUCUUGCUGUUUAAUUUAUGCAACUCAAAUUGUAGCAAGUGUUGAAUAUCAAGAAUAUGACAAUAGUUAUUAUAAAAUACAAAAAUAUUCUCCUGGCUGUUGGCCAGGAAUGGUGUCCGCUGACAAUGGUGACUUUAUUAUAGAACAAUACAUAGAAUACCAAUUGGAUUGUCAGCCGGGUUAUACAAGACCAUUUGGAAGCAGAAAAGUCUGGAUCUGUAACACAUCCGAUCUAAGGUUACUUACUCCUCUUCAAGAAAACGAGCAUACUCUGCCCACAUACAUCCCGAAGACAUGUGUUAAACAAAUGCUACCGCAAACCAUCACUUUGGAGCUACAGGUGACGACGGCGACAAAAAAUUUUCAAGAUUGUGAGAACGAUCCGACCUUUGGCAAAACUGAAAGCAGAAUCAAUAUAGAAGGUCUUGAUUUCCAGUUGUAUAAAACAGCUUUCUCACGAGAAUGUCAAGUGACGUUUGAUGCCAACGGUAAAGUAGCCGAAGUAUUGACAUCCUUUAAGUUUAGAAUGUACCACUUACCUAUUUCAAGUUUCAUUCCUCCUAGCGUACUGAACACCGCAAAACGUAAACUUGAGGAACAUGCCAAUUUUUCAAUAUCCAAUUAUGUGUCUCACUCUGAAAUACAAAUCACCAGGGACGAUCUUUUCAAAGCUGGAGAGUGUGCUCAAGGAAGUUUGGUAGAGCCUAAUGAACGCAGCUUUGAGUCCAACAUAUCAUUGUGCAGAAUGUGCAGCAUUGGCAUGUACAUGGACCUAGAGACUAGACGGUGUUUGCCUUGUAAGGUUGGUUACAACGACAUUCCAGGAGCAGUAGAAUGUAAGCCCUGCCCAGUUGUCAUGGUGGACUCUUACCUAAGUGCUGAUUCAAUCACUGGCUGUUACGUUGAUUUAGACAAUCUGCCAGAUCGCGUUGAAACUUUAAGGGAAGGAGUUCUUUUCUUCGUAUUUUUUCACCUAAUUUUUUUCGGUAUAGUUAUAUGGAAAAUCAAGUAUUUUCACCCUCUUGCUUGUUGAAACAUGCCAUUUGAUGAAUAAACUGCACACACAUAUUAA